AUGAAUCUCGAUUCAAAAUUAACAGAGAACAAGCGACGAUUCGAGUCUGGCGGAAUCGGUGAAGAUGACUUUAAGAAGAAUAAAAAAAAGAUAAUAGAAGAGUGGUUAAGCGAAUCGAAAGAAACCAAACAACCUGAACAUUCUCGUGAAAAAGAGAGGUUAAGCGAAUCGAAAGAAACCAAACAACCUGAUCAUUCUCGUGAAACAGACUUGUAUGCGGUUCUCCAAUUGACACGCAACGCUACUGAAACUGAGAUUAAAUCAAGUUACAAGAAACUUGCUCUGAAGUAUCAUCCUGAUAAGAAUGGCGGUGUUGAAACCGAACAGUGGACUAAACUUUCAAAGGCAUAUCAAAUCCUCUCAGAUGAGAACAGUCGCGUACUUUACGAUAACUACGGAACAGUCAGCAGCGCCUUUGCAAAUAAAGCAUCGUUCAACUGCUAUGUAGGAGGAGAACUUUGGAAACCCUACAUCGGUGACCUGGAAAUUGGUCUCUGGAUACACUCAUUUGAUAACAAUAGUUUACCCGAAUUAGAACAUAUAACCUCGGUUGAGCAGAAAGAACGUCGUCAUAACAUUCGUGUUCGCAACAUAACUAGUCAUCUACAAGGCAAACUUUCUCAAUUACCGAAGCCAAUUGAUCCUUCGUUUCAGCAAAUUCUUUCCCUAGAAGCCCAGAAACUUCUUGCGGAACCUAACGGCAAAGAGUUAUUAACCUUACUAGGCGAAAUUUACAUUUCUGAGGCCAAAACCCAAUCAAGCAAAGACAUAUUCUCCAAUAACAUAUUCUCUAAUCUUUUUAGUGGCCUCACGUUUGCUUGGGAUUUAAUUCAUGAAGUCGUAACAAACAAGACUAAUAAUGAAGAGGUAAAAAGAAUAAAAGUGGCCUGGAAACUUUCACGAUCAGAAAUAUCUUCUAUUACGCAUGAAACCUGUAAGAAGGCUCUCAAUAACACGGAAUAUAGUAUGGAUAAACGCGAUUGUCUUGCAAAUUCACUAUUUCACUUAGGCAAGUUGUGGGUGAAAUAUGCAGAUACGGCAUUAGAAUGA